ACAAGCGCUCUUGAGCCCAUGGCGAGGGGACCCGCCACCUCCCUCGCGAUAGCCGUCCCCGCCGCCAUCCCGGCCCCGGCCGCCAGCUCCCGGGCACCAUGCGAGUAGCUCCGAGCCUCCUCCGCGGCGCCUGCCUGCUGCUAGCCGCGAUCCUGGACCUGGCGCGCGGUUACCUGACAGUCAACAUUGAGCCCCUCCCUCCUGUGGUGGCUGGGGAUGCCGUGACCCUGAAGUGUAACUUCAAGACAGACGGCCGCAUGCGUGAGAUCGUGUGGUACCGGGUGACAGACGGCGGUGCCAUCAAGCAGAAGAUCUUCACGUUCGACGCCAUGUUCUCCACCAACUACUCACACAUGGAGAAUUACCGAAAGAGGGAAGACCUUGUGUACCAGUCCACCGUGAGGCUGCCUGAGGUCCGGAUCUCAGACAACGGUCCCUAUGAGUGCCACGUGGGUAUUUACGACCGUGCCACCCGGGAGAAAGUGGUCCUCGCCUCGGGCAACAUCUUCCUCGAUGUCAUGGCUCCUCCCACCUCCAUCGAAGUUGUGGCUGCUGAUUCGCCCGCCCCCUUCAGCCGGUACCAAGCCCAGAACUUCACACUGGUCUGCAUCGUGUCAGGAGGGAAGCCAGCACCCAUGGUUUAUUUCAAACGGGAUGGGGAACCCAUCGAUGCAGUGCCCCUGUCAGAACUACCGGUGGCCAGCUCUGGCCCCCUCCAGGACAGCAGGCCGUUCCGAAGCCUCCUGCACAGGGACUUGGACGACACCAAGAUGCAGAAGUCACUGUCCCUGCUGGACACGGAGUACCGGGCUGGACGUCCCUACACAGAACACCCCUUACACAGCCUGACCCCAGACCCCAGCCUCUCCCUGCAGCCCACCACGGAAAACAUCCCAGAGACAGUCGUGAGCCGAGAAUUCCCCCGCUGGGUGCACAACGCAGACCCCAUCUACUUCCUGCGCCACAGCCGCACCCCAAGCAGUGAUGGCACGGUGGAGGUGCGCGCACUGCUCACCUGGACCCUCAACCCACAGAUCGACAAUGAGGCCCUCUUCAGCUGUGAGGUCAAGCACCCGGCACUGUCCAUGCCCAUGCAGGCGGAGGUCACGCUGGUUGCCCCAAAGGGACCCAAAAUCAUGAUGACUCCCAGCAGAGCCCGGGUUGGGGACACGGUGAGGAUUCUGGUCCACGGAUUUCAGAAUGAGGUUUUCCCAGAGCCCAUGUUCACGUGGACGCGGGUGGGCAGCCGCCUCCUGGAUGGCAGCGCAGAGUUCGAUGGGAAGGAGCUGGUGCUGGAACGGGUUCCUGCCGAGCUCAAUGGUUCCAUGUACCGCUGCACGGCUCAGAACCCACUGGGCUCCACCGACACACACACCCGACUGAUCGUGUUUGAAAAUCCAAAUAUCCCAAGAGGCACAGAGGACUCCAAUGGUUCCUCUUCUGGCCCCACUGGCUUCUGGCUCACCCUGGUGCUCGCCCUGACAGUGGUCCUGGAGCUCACGUGAAGACUCAUGCCUCUCAAGACACUCCAGCGGCCUGACGACUCCGGGAUCGGAUUUUCAUUUCUUUUCUAAACUAUUUCCAGUCUCAUUCUUAGUCUUUCUGCCCAUGUCUUGGCUUCUUCACUGAGUUUAAUUAAAACAAACAGAGCAAUUUUCCCCA